AUGUCACAAUGGUCGCAUGGCUCCAUCUCCAGUCGGUCAUCGUCGCGCUCAAGCACCAGCAGCAGCGACCACAACGAGGUCAUGCUGACGUGCAGCCUGCUCUGGACGCUCCUCAAUGACCUCUCUACUCGGUUGCUGCGAUGCUUCGGACGUCAAGUACGACUCGUUGUCCACGGUGGCGUCAUCAUGGUCAUGCAUCCCAAGCUCGCCAGUCGUCCGGGUACCCGCGACGUGGACUACAACCAUCGCUCCUUCGUGUCGGAGUGGCAGAGGAAGGGAGUUUAUGAUGCGGGCGAGCGCUUGAAGUCUUGCAUCGCGUCGACCGCGUUCAAGUUCAACCUGGGAGCGGACUGGAUGAACGCAUGCGCCGACGUCGCCCUUCCCAUGUCCAUCGAUAAGUACGGUCAGGUAUAUGACCCCAUCUGGGCAGACGCCAUUAGCCCGCAGAACAGGAAGAUCAACACGAUCUUCUCCCAACCCGGCCUCGAGCUUAUCGGCGUCAGCUGGAGCUGGGCGGUCGCGCUGAAGCUUGUCCGGUAUCAGAAGUACGACCCUCACGACAUCGCACACAUUCUACAUCUUGGAAGACGUCAGAAGGGUGUUCAGUGGACGCGUCACCUAAUGGAGGAAUGGCUUGUCAACAUGUGUGGCGCCAUGGGCUACCAUGCCUACCCGUCCUGGCAGAUGGAGGCGACACGACAGAAGAUGCGCCACGCUAUCACCCUCUCGCAGAGCUAUGCCUAG